AGUCUAGCCAUUAACUAUGACAUUGGAGACAAAGUACUUAUGUACUGCGCCUCCAAGCAAAACUCCCGAAGUGCCAAAUUCGAAGAUAAAUGGACAGGCCCGUUGUAUGUUCAUGAUCAGUUACCUAAUAACGUGUACAAAUUAAGAACGUUAGACGGGAAGGUCCUAGCGACACCAAUUAAUACAAAAAUCCUACGUCCUUACUGGGAUUAA